AUGGAAUUUCAAGAAAACAUCGUGGAAUCUUCUUUUCUGGAUUUUGUUACAGAAUCAGAUUUUGCUCUGGGUUCUCCAGAAUCGGACCACACUGAAGUCAAUUCAGUGCACAGUAUGGACCUUUGUGACAGACUGUGUGAUUUGGCUGGGAUACGGGCGUUUUCGGACCAGUCAAUUCCAUUUGGAGGCGAUGCGGAACAAAUGAAUGGACUUGGAGACCAGGGAACGGCUUUUAAAUUGGGAUCUUUCAAUUCCCUGAUGGUUAGACCCAAAAGGAAACGUGUGAUCACUUAUGCCCAACGUCAGGCUGCCAACGUCAGGGAGAGGAAAAGAAUGUUCAGUCUGAAUGAAGCAUUUGAUCAGUUAAGGAAAAAGGUGCCUACAUUUGCUUAUGAAAAACGACUGUCCAGGAUUGAAACUCUGCGUCUUGCUAUUGUCUACAUCUCGUUUAUGACUGAACUUCUGAACAAUAAAGAAAGAAAUCCAACUUCAGAAUGA